GGGCUCUAGCGCUCGGCGGCCUCGGCCCCUCCGCACUCCGCCCCCUCGGACUCCCUCCCCUCCACCUCCACGGCUCCUGCCCCCGGUGCGGAUCGUUUCGCAACUGCUCGCCUCUCGCCCGGUGCCUCGCUGCUUUUCCAUUCCCCGGCCCCUUCUUCUUGAGUACUUUGCCCCCCACCCUGCAUCUGAGGAGAGGGGCUCCGGAGGGCACGAGUGGAGCGGCCAGAGGAGGAAGCGAGGCCCCGCAGCAGGAGGAGACUCGGCGGGCCGUGGGGAGGAGACCCCACGCCACCCUUUCUGGUCAUCUCCCCUCCCGCCCCGCCCCUGCGCACACUCCCUGGCGGGCGAGCUACUUUCGGACGAGGAAAGUGAGGGCGGCCCUGGGUGACAGCGCCGCGGGGCCAGUCCCGGGGAAGCCGCGCGUCUGCUCGCGUCUCGUCCGUCGCGCUCCCAAGCCAGGGCACAGCCGCGACCGAGGAUGGCUUCGACCACCACCUGCACCAGGUUCACGGACGAGUAUCAGCUUUUCGAGGAGCUCGGAAAGGGGGCAUUCUCGGUGGUGAGAAGAUGUAUGAAAAUCCCUACCGGACAAGAAUAUGCUGCCAAAAUUAUCAACACCAAAAAGCUUUCUGCUAGGGAUCAUCAGAAACUGGAAAGGGAAGCUAGAAUUUGCCGUCUUUUGAAGCACCCCAAUAUUGUGAGACUUCAUGACAGCAUAUCAGAAGAGGGCUUCCACUACUUGGUGUUUGAUUUAGUUACUGGAGGUGAACUCUUUGAAGACAUAGUGGCAAGAGAAUAUUACAGUGAAGCAGACGCCAGUCAUUGUAUACAGCAGAUUCUAGAAAGUGUAAAUCAUUGUCACCUAAAUGGCAUAGUUCACAGGGACCUGAAGCCUGAGAAUUUGCUUUUAGCUAGCAAAUCCAAGGGAGCAGCUGUGAAACUGGCAGACUUUGGCUUAGCCAUAGAAGUGCAAGGAGACCAGCAGGCAUGGUUUGGUUUUGCUGGGACACCUGGAUAUCUUUCUCCGGAAGUUUUACGUAAAGAUCCUUAUGGAAAGCCAGUGGAUAUGUGGGCAUGUGGUGUCAUUCUCUACAUUCUACUGGUAGGAUAUCCACCCUUCUGGGAUGAAGACCAGCACAGACUCUAUCAGCAAAUCAAGGCUGGAGCUUAUGAUUUUCCAUCACCUGAAUGGGACACAGUAACCCCUGAAGCCAAAGAUCUCAUCAAUAAAAUGCUUACUAUCAACCCUGCCAAACGCAUUACAGCCUCGGAGGCACUGAAACAUCCAUGGAUCAGUCACCGUGCUACUGUGGCUUCCAUGAUGCACAGACAGGAGACUGUAGACUGCUUGAAGAAAUUCAAUGCUAGAAGAAAACUAAAGGGUGCCAUCUUGACAACCAUGCUGGCUACAAGGAAUUUUUCAGCAGCCAAGAGUUUGUUGAAGAAACCAGAUGGAGUAAAGGAAUCAACUGAGAGUUCAAAUACAACAAUUGAAGAUGAAGAUGUAAAAGCACGAAAGCAAGAGAUUAUCAAGGUCACUGAACAGCUGAUUGAAGCUAUCAACAACGGGGACUUUGAAGCUUACACAAAAAUCUGUGACCCAGGUCUUACUGCAUUUGAACCUGAAGCUUUGGGUAAUUUAGUGGAAGGGAUGGACUUUCACCGAUUCUACUUUGAAAAUGCUUUGUCAAAAAGCAAUAAACCAAUCCACACUAUUAUCCUGAACCCUCAUGUCCAUCUGGUAGGGGAGGAUGCUGCCUGCAUAGCAUACAUUAGGCUCACACAAUACAUGGAUGGCAGUGGAAUGCCAAAGACAAUGCAGUCAGAAGAGACCCGUGUAUGGCACCGCCGGGAUGGCAAGUGGCAGAAUGUUCAUUUUCAUCGCUCAGGCUCACCAACAGUACCCAUCAAGCCACCUUGUAUUCCAAAUGGGAAAGAAAACUACUCAGGAGGCGCCUCUUUGUGGCAAAACAUCUAAGGCCUGAAAACCAUUCACAUGUGGGUCUUUUAAAUAUCAACAGUGCCACUUCUACAUUCUCUGUUCUCAAGGCACCUGGAUGGUAACCCUGGGCCGUCCUCUCCUCCUCUUCAUGCAUGUUUCUGAGUGCAUGAAGUUGUGAAGGUCCUACAUAUAAUGCAUACGUGAUGCAUCCUGUUAUCAUAUAUUCCUUCCUAUACAUUGUUUACAUUUCAAUGACGGGGAUGUUCCAUGCAAAUAUAGAUCACUGUUGGCAAACAAUAGGGGGAGGUCAGACAAAAAAUUCCACAAUAUUCCAAGUACAACUUGUUCAUCAAGUUUCUCUGUUUAUGCCAAGAUUUAACAGACUUAAAAUAUUAUUGUUCUCUGAAUGACAGUCUGUAAGUGAAAUGUAAAUUUUUAGAACGCUUUGCUGUUAAUCUCUUUUGGUUUGUUUGGUUUUCGUUGGUUUAUUUUUUUUAAAGCAAAAGAUAUAUACCUUCAGUUUCCUUGUGUGAUCCUGCUUGAAAUGAAUGAUUUUUCACUGAAAGAUUUGCUGUUUAACAGUUAAAGUGUGUUGGUAUGUGUACAAAAGCACUUAUGAAUGUAGAGCAAGAACUGGUUGAUGUGCUGCCAUCUAAAGCCAAGGUGAUUUGGUCAAACCGUGUAAACUGGAAAAAUUCACAUCAUUUACAAGUUUGAUCACUUUUAGGCUAUACUCACACUGUUCUAAUGAAUUAGCUUAAUUGAUAUAUUUUUCCCCUUCUUUCAGCUCUGCUGUUUUCUUCAUUGUAUCCUCUCUGUUGCUUUUUAAGUUUUCUUUUGUUUUAUCGUUCUUUAUUUUUCUUCCUUUACUGGCUAGUGGUGUAAGAAAAGAAUAAAACAAAUCUACUUAACAAGAAUACAAUAAAAAAUAAGGCCUUUUGAAGGUAAUCUAUCACUUUUGUCAUCUUUAGGGCUUGAAAACAUUUUGUAAAGAAGAUUUUAAAUGUGUUUAUUCCAGAAUGGGCAGUAGUUUGGACUUAGAUAUCCUCACUACGUUGGAGGAACCCAGUUAUUAAAACCUGUGAUGGAAUCAAGUCAGUCCCUGCUUUCACUGCAGCGUGUCUUAUGACUGGGGCAAUUGUAAAGUACCAAGGAAGUAGCAGAUCAGCGUUUUAUGCAGAUGCGUGCGCGUAUUUCUGCCUUGUGGAAUGCUAGGGCCCCUCCUGCUUCAUCACUAGCUCCUUUUCUAAAGUUAGGGAGGAUGUCACAGACGUUUGCCAUUCUUUUAAGUGUUCUGAACUUGAACUUUGUGAACUUGUGCUUUCUUAGCUUCUCUCUGAGUCCAAGUAUCAUUACUUUCCUCCAUGGAGCUAGGAUUUUCAGGUUUAAACAAAAAGAAAAGGGAAACAUCCUGGGUGUUCUUUGUGCUUCUCAUUUCACCUUUGUUGACUCAAUUCCCGUGAGGGUUUCUCUCUUCCCUGCAAUGCGUUAUAGUGCAUGGAAUUUCCAUGGACGUUAUUUUAAGGUUAGUUAUUAUUCAUGGUUGUCAGAAGCCUAUUUUUAAAGCAGAAGAAAAAAAAAAAACAAACUCCUUCUUUUCUCUCAUUUCACCUUUCUUUGUUGAUUACUAAUCACCUUAGAUGUUGUUGCUAGUGGAUGUAUGGUAGAUGGAUUGAAGCUUUUCUGAUAAUUAUUACACGAUUUAAGACAAUAUAUAUUUAAAAUAAAUAUAUACAGUAAAUGUAUUGAGCCAUGUUAACCUGCCAAUGAGAUCUGUGAAAAAGUAAUGGCCUCAUUUUUCCAUUUUUAAUUUCUUUUACCUUUUUGUGAAGCGGCUAUACGUGGCAUACAUGUAUUUAAAAAAAAAAUAGGUGUAGAGUGUUUUUUUUUUUACACUUUUAACUUAGCAUGUGGUGUUGAACUAUUAUCAUAGAUCAAGUUUGUCUUCCACACUAAGAUGUGAGGAAAUUGUGAUUUAUUCUCUUCGCCACAAUUGAAUUACACAUUUAUGAUCUAAUAUCAUUUUGAAACACUGCAGUUUACCAUGGGACACUGUAUAUAUUUCUUGCCAUAAUGGUAAAUGACUGAUUGAUAUAUUUAAGAGUUAAUAAAUUUGUGAUUUCUGCUGACAA